AUGGACUCCACGCAGCCCACGCAGCCCACGCAGCAGGCCGCAGGCACGCCGCCUCAGGAGCCCCAGGACGAGGCCCAUAUCUGCCGCUUGAUCUGCGCCACCGGCCAGUACGGCAGCAUCGACUUGAACACAAACGCGGCCACGCGCACGCGCGCGCACGCGCAGCGCAAGACGUGGGUGUUUGGGCGCAACGGCGAGUGUGACGUGGUGCUCCACACGUGCUCGCGGCUCUCGAACCGGCACUUUCUGCUCUGGCUCAGCUUGGCUGACGACACGGUGUGGAUCCAGGACACGUCCACCAACGGCACGUACCUCAACGGCGGCCGGCUCGUCAAGGGCCUGAACUACAUCGUGUCGCAGGGCGACGAGAUCAGCGUGGGCGUGGGCGUGGCGCAGGACGUGGUCAAGUUCGUGGUGCUUUUCGGCGACCGGUACAACCCGCAGAGCCGGGCGCGCGAGCCCGAGGCGCCGCCCGACGGCAUCCACCGCGACUUCAUUGUGCGCAGCGAGACGCUCGGGCAGGGCGCGUUCGCCACGGUCAAAAAGGUCAUUGAGCGGCGCACCGGCGACGCGUACGCGGCCAAGAUCAUCAGCCGGCGGCGGGCGCUCGCGGCGGGCGGGCGCGGCGCCAUGGCGGGCGUGGACCGCGAGCUCGCGAUCCUCCGGCAGCUCGACCACCCCCACAUCGUGCGCUUGCACAGCUUCUACGAGGACGCGGAGAACUACUACUUGGUCAUGGAGCUCGUGCCCGGCGGCGACCUCAUGGACUUCGUGGCGGCCAACGGCGCCGUGGGCGAGGCGGCCACGCAGGUGAUUGCGCGCCAGGUCUUGGAGGGCAUCGCGUACGUGCACCGGCUCGGCAUCUCGCACCGCGACUUGAAGCCGGACAACAUCUUGAUUCUGCAGGACGACCCGAUCGUGGUCAAGAUCACGGACUUCGGGCUCGCCAAGAUCAGCGACGGCGCGUCGCUCAUGAAGACCUUCUGCGGCACCUUGGCCUACGUGGCGCCGGAGGUCCUCACGGGCAAGCCCGACCCGCAGCUGCUGCCCGCGGCCGCGGCCAACUACAGCUGCUUGGUGGACAUCUGGCUGCUCGGCUGCCUCGUGUACGUGCUCCUCACGUCGCACCUCCCGUUCAACGGCAAGACGCAGGCCCAGAUGUUCCUGAAGAUCAAGCUGGGCGACUUCCUCGCGUCGCCGCUCGCGGCCUACGACGUCUCGCAGCAGGCCCUCGACUUCCUCCGCUGCUGCUUGGCCGUGGACCCGGCGCGCCGCCCGUCCGCGGCCGAGGCGCUCCGCCACCCGUGGCUCGCCGCGGCCCACGCCCCGGAACACGCCGCGGGCCUGGGCCUGCCGCCGCUCAGCCUCUCGCAGCUGACGCUGCAGCAGUCGCGCCGGAUCGAGCACGGCAUCCACAUCUCCGCGUCCAGCCACUUGGACGACGACCUCAUGCUGCGCCCGUUGGACCGCGCGCCGGCGCACCGGAACGCCCGCCGCGGCCAAGAGUUCAAGGUGCCGCGGCGCGUGGCGCCGCUCCCGCAGCUGCAGCCGCUCCACGCAUCCGCCUGGGGAGACUCCCGGGAAAACGCCGAGGGAGACGCCCCGAAAGACGCCCCGAAAAACGCCCAGAAAGACGCACAGAAAGACGCCCUCAGAGAUGCCCCGCCCGCCGCGCUCUCCGAGCACAUGGGCUCGCUCAGCGUGCACGUGCCGCUCGCAGAGGCCCCGCUGGCGGGCCGGCCGCGCGACUUGUUCAUCACGUUGGCGCCACUCCCCAACUCGUUCAGCGGCGAGCCCAUCUAUGUCCGCCAGGGCGUCAACCCGUAUGCCAUCGGGCGCAACGAGGCCUGCGACACGUUCGUCAACGACGACCGCAUGUCCAAGAUCCACUGCCUCAUCCACCGCAGGCGCCACCCCAUGGCCGGCGCGUCCAUCUUCGAGAGCCCGGCCCACUGCCUCGAGGACCUCUGGCUCCUCGACUUCAGCACCAACUCCUGCCACGUCAACGGCGUGCGCGUGGGCAAGUGCAAGAAGGUGCAGUUGUUCAACGGCGACCGCAUCGACUUGUUCGUCGACGAGUCCAUCCACCAGCUGUUGAGCUUCACCUUGGCAAUCAACGACGCCACGGGGCUCUUCCGCGGCGGCGAGCGGGCCGGCGACGCGGACGGCCUUGUCCAGGUCAUCCGCCUCGACCCCAACGACGAGAAGCUCCGGCCCGCCAUCGUGCCUGAACCGGCCCCCCAGACCGGCGCUGCGCGCGGCGUCGAAAAGGGCUCCAUUGCCGGGUACGGCGGCAACUUCAAGUCGCUGCUCAGACUAAAACGGAAGAUGUACGACGACACGCACAGCAGCCCGCUGAAGCCGCUGCUGUCGAAGCGCGCCCAUCUCCAGAGCGGGCAGGCUAGACCGACAAACUCGUGGGCGUAG